AUGUCUGCCACUUUAUCAGCUUAUAGAAAUGCAUUAAGAGCAACUAAAGUUGUAUUUCGUCAUGAUCUUCCCAUUCUCACAGCUGCCAGAACUCAAAUCAAAGAAAACAUAAGGAAUAAUUCCAACUUGAAGGAUACUACUGAAAUAGAAGAAGCAGUUAAGAAAUUAAAUGAUGUUAGUAAAUUCUUAAUUUCAAAUAUUGUACAAGGAGAAAAACAAGAUGAUGGUAAAUAUUUCUUGAAUUUCCAUGAAAAGACUGAAUUAGGUGAUAAUGAAUCUAUUAAACAAGGUAAAAAGAAUUUAGGAAGUUUAGCUGGGAAAAAGGGAAGUUCGAUUAGAUCAUGUAAAGAUUAG